GAAGGUCUGACUCUUCACAGGGACCAGCAGCAGCAGCAGCAGCAGCAACAGCAGCGAGCGGGAAAGAGUGGAGAGGGAAACGCCUACAGUCAGUCUGAGCUGCGCUCCAUUGAACAGUGCUUAUUGGCAACAAGAGUGGGCAGCAUCUCUGAACUCAGUGACCUAGUGUCUCGAGCCAUGCACCACCUACAGCCCAUGUAUAUGAAGAAUCACAACAAUGGGACACCGAUCCACCAGAAGAGCAGCGUGAUUCAGUGGGCCCCCGAAGCGAUCUACACUCUGUGUUAUUUCAUGCACUGCCCUCAGGUGGAGUGGGAGAACCCCAAUGUGGAGCCCUCCAAGGUUACCUUACAAACAGAAAGGCCGUUUAUGGUGCUGCCACCACUGAUGGAGUGGGUGCGUGUGGCUGUGGUUCACACAGAACACAGACGCAGCUUCUCCGUGGACAGCGAUGAUGUUCGGCAGGCUGCCAGACUGCUGCUGCCCGGAGUGGACUGCGAGCCCCGCCAGCUCCGAACGGAUGACUGCUUCUGUGCCUCGAGGAAACUGGAUGCUGCCUCUACUGAGGCAAAGUUCCUGCAGGACCUGGGCUUCCGUAUGCUCAGCUGCGGACGCACAGACUUGGUGAAGCAGGCUGUCAACCUGCUAGGGCCGGAUGGUAUCAACAGCAUGAGUGAGCAGGGGAUGACCCCGCUGAUGUAUGCUUGUGUCCGUGGAGACGAGGCCAUGGUGCAGAUGCUGCUGGAUGCAGGAGCUGAUAUUAACAGCGAGGUGCCAAACUCAGUGCACAAGCACCCCUCAGUCUUUCCCGAAACGCGGCAGGCGACGCCCCUCACUUUCGCUGUGUUACACGGACAUGUGCCUGUGGUGCAGCUGCUGCUGGAUGCCAAAGCCAACGUGGAGGGGUCCCUGCAGGACGGGAUGGAGAACUACACAGAGACCCCACUGCAGCUGGCGGCUGCUGCAGGUAACUUUGAGCUGGUGAGUUUGCUGCUGGAGCGGGGGGCCGACCCCAUGGUGGGAACCAUGUACCGUAACGGCAUCUCCACGGCACCACAGGGAGACAUGAACUCCUACAGCCUGGCAGCAGCUCACGGACACAGAAAUGUGUUUCGUAAGCUGUUGUCGCACACAGAGACAGGCAAAGGGGAUGUCUUGUCCCUGGAGGAGAUUCUGGCAGAGGGUUCGGAGCUGGAAGGUAGAAGUCCGUCUCAGAUUGACAUGAUCCGAACAGGGAAGGCCAAACUCAAAGCCCUGAAAGAAGCCAUGUACCACAGCGCAGAGCACGGGCACGUAGACAUCACCAUAGAUAUACGGAGCCUGGGGGUCCCGUGGACUUUGCACACCUGGCUGGAGUCUCUGCGGACGUGUUUCCAUCAGCACCGCCGACCUCUGAUCCAGGGUCUCCUGAAAGAGUUCAGCUGCAUCGAGGAGGAAGAGUACACUGAGGAGCUCAUCACACAUGGCCUGCCUCUUAUGUUCCAGAUCCUCAGAGCCAGCAAGAAUGAAGUGAUCAGCCAGCAGCCUGUCUGCCAUCUUCACCCAGUGUUUAUGGCCCUUACCCCAUUCCCAAACUGA